UCAACCUUCUUCUUGUUCUUUCUGCCUCUUUCUUGCCUUCGUAAUUUCACAGCCCCUAGCUGAUCAAUUAAACCCAAAGAAUCCAAAAAACCAUGUCAGUUUACCUAACUCUCCUCCUUCUUCUUCUCCUUCCUUUGUUCUUUCUCAAGCCAUCUUCUUCUUCCUUGAUGAUGGCUGAGGAGGAGAACCCCAUGCAACAGCUCUCGGAGGCCGAACUGGUUAAUCUAGCCGGCUAUGGCGAGGAGAGGCUCUCAUCUGUGCUAGUCACUGGAUCACUUGUAUGCGAAGCUUGCCUGUUGGCUGGAUCAGAGCUGGACAUCUCCCAUGUCCAAGGUGCAGUGGUAGCAGUUGCAUGCAAGACAGAUAGAAGAAGAAGAAGGAUAAAAUAUGCAAAUGGAACAACAGAUGAAUUCGGAGAAUUUAUAAUAGACCUUCCCUCUAGGCUCCACGCCAUGCCCAAGCUAGAAGAAGCUUGUGUGGUUAGGAUUCUUCGCAUGCCAAGAAACUCUCUCUGUCGGCAUUUCUCCCGUGGAAUAAACCCAGCUGCUAAACGCAUAAGACUCUCAUCUGUGGGCAAUAGCAUUCGCGUAUAUACAACUGGAUUGGUGAGAACAAGAAGCCUUAAAUCAGGAAAGCCUGCUCUUCAUGAGUGUUUGAGGAAGAAGGAUAUUGCUACUGAACUGAUGCAGAGCAAUUGGUGAUCGAUAUGUGCAGUUUAUGCUUUAAUUGCAUGCAUGCAUGCUACUUGUGAAUAUGCGUGAACAAGUCUUGCUUGAAAUAUACGUACAUUAAUUACCUCGCAUAUACUA